UAUUGCAAUAUAACUUUGACAUUAUCGAUAAAAUUAUUAUGGUAUUUCAAACCAAAGACAUAAGACGUCAAAGUUUGUCAUCUACUUCCUCUGCCGAUGUAAAUGCGAAAAACAUAACGCUUCAAUCUCAAACAAUUAUUUGGCACUUCUUCCAGAUGACUUUCGAAAUACGAUAUUUGUUAUUUUGUACGACAAUGAAGGUAAUGAAGUAUUUAAAUUCAUUCUUCAAGCAGCUUGAUGUAAGUUGUCUGUUGUGAAGUAAAGUAGAUUAAGUAUGCUCCGACUCGAACUCACACUCAAUUGUCUUUGUUUAAGGAUAGUGUAACGUACACUUUUCACAGUAUGAAUAUAUUUUUUCUUUAUUAUACAGGUACCUUAUCAACCACAAUGAUUCCAUAUCUUCUUCAAGUUUUUGCAGUUCUGUCUCUGCUGUGCUGCAGCACUACGGCACAGUCGUAUAAUGACACAAAUACACUCAUAAAUGAUUUAAUGGGCACCUACACUAGCAAAGUUCGACCUGUAGAAACAGUGUCUGAAGUUCUCAAUAUUUCUUUGACAUUUUAUCUGUCAUCAAUCAUCAGCUUUGAUGAACAAGAGGAGAGUCUAACAACUGCUGGAUAUUUAAGAAUAAUGUGGAAAGACAGAAGCCUGGUUUGGCAAACGUCUCAAUAUAAUGGCGUUGCAAUGAUGUUUGUACCCCAAGAUGACAUUUGGAAGCCGGACAUAUCUCUGAGAAAUUCAUUUUCGACUUUUACUGGCCUAGGUUCCUCCUACCAGAACGUGAUUGUAGAAAAUGAUGGUACAGUCUACUGGGAUCCAUUUCAAGUCAUGAAGUCAACCUGUUCUGUUGAUAUUACAUAUUACCCGUAUGACACCCAACAAUGCACCAUUAAAUUGAUCGCAUGGAGUUACUUGAAAUCUGAUGUUAAUCUGCUUUCUCAAUCAGGAAUAAUAAAAAGUCAUUAUUCCGAGAGUUCAACAUGGAAGCUUGUCAAAUCUACGUUCCAAGCCGAUAAUAGUGAAGUUGCCUCAAUAAGUUACACGUUAAUGCUGGAGAGGAAGCCGCGAUUUUACGUAUUCAAUAUGAUACUGCCGGUAAUACUACUGUCCAUUCUGAAUUUAUUUACAUUCGUUUUACCUUUAUCAUCGGGAGAGAGAGCUUCUUACGGCAUUACUGUGUUUUUGGCCCUUGUUGUUUUUCUCACAAUAGUAGCUGCUGAAUUUCCAAAGAAUUCGGACACAACAUCACACUUGGCCGUGUGGCUUAUCCUCAUGGUUUCCAUCAGUACAUUAGCCGUGAUACUUACCAUUAUUGAAGCUAGAUUGCUCAGCAGAGAUGAUGGAAAUCAUGAAAUCGGCAAAUUUUAUCGACGAUUUUAUGGCAUUGUAAUGUUUCUUCAAUGUAGGUCAUGCAAAAGCCAUGUUCAUCGUGUAAAGUCAAAAGCAGCUACGUCCAAGCAAAGCGUUAUGUCAUCUGAUACAGAAGACGAGCUGUACCUUGAUCUAAAGUGGAAGAACAUUACUGAUGCGAUGGAUUAUGUUUUCUUUUUUGGCAUAGUCUUCUUUGUCAUACUCGUCACUCUGAUUAUGUUACUUACGCUUAUCUACAACCCUGACAAGGUGACCGAGGAAUACAAAAGUUCUCAACUAUAGAACUUGUCUGCUGUACACUUAGCGACAUUUAGCCUUAAUGCAUGAUAAAGAUUUAGUCUCUCUUUGAUUUGAUACAAGGUACCAUGAUUUAACCUUUAUGACGUCAAUGUUCCCCUAAGUUCUCAAACAAACAUUACCAAGACAGAAGAACAAAUAGGUCGCUAGAGAAAGAAAUCGAAUUCGAAGUUGGAAAUUGUCAUGAUAACAUACAUUUAAAAAUGUUUAUGACGAAUGACUGUAAUUCCUUGAAUUCAUUUUGUUUGACUUAUUCAAUAAUGGUAAAGUUGAAUAUUUAUUAAUUAAAUAAUUAGAUUAACAAAAGUACUGAUAUUAUUAAGUAUGCUGUAUCAAACCAAGGUAAUUUCUGAAAUUAAAACACUGUGUUAAAUAUAAACAAAAGAAACGUUACAUUAUUUUGAAAUAUGUAAAAUUAAAUUGUACAUCGAUAAGGAAUUUAUAUGUAUGGUUACAGUAUACAGAUUAAAGAGAAUAUAUAUUCAUACAUUGUAUAGAAAAUAAAUUUUGAUACUAUGUAUGUAAAACAUAAUUUCAUACUAUGUAUGGAAUAUCACUAAUUUUUAUUUUGCAUAUUAUUUUAAAUUAAGAUAUAUGUCAAGGACUUUAUAACAGUGUAUGUUACCUACCAUAUAAAUAUGUUGUCUUGUAAUUGUUUAUUAUCUUGGUUAAAUAAACCAAUCUUGUGUG